AUGUCGUGCCUCUGGGCGCUGGGGGCUAUUGUGUUCUGCGAGUACCUAGUUUCCUCCACUGCUCUGGCCUUCACCACCCGCGAAUCAUCCUCACGACAAUUAAGUAUCCUCUGCCUUUUCGUUCUCGCGAUUCUCGAAAUCCGCUUGCUGUCUUUUCUACCUGGGCCGGAAUUACUGCGAGGAGUGAUUGCAUUCUCCUGCAUCGUCAAACUUCUCCAUUUCAUUAGCCUCUUCCUGAUCCUUCGGUUGGAAAUCCACCAAUUAAUUGACACAGCAUCCGGCUCCUCUUUCACCCGCCUUUGUGCUGGUCUGAACUGCGUGACAAGUACUCGUGGAAUUGGGACGCCGUGGGAGGUGAAAACCUGGCCACAUUGUCGAGAACCUCCUAAAGGUCAAUAUAUCGCGAAAACUAUAAUUGUUCUGGGUUGGCAGUAUUUGGCCCUUGACCUCUUGAAUUUUGGGGCAUUGAAGUAUUUUCACCGCAAUUGGCCCGACGCUUUGGCGGCAGGGGCGGAGUAUCUUGGCCCUGGUUCAACCAAGGAGCAGUUGAUGGCCCGGAUUCCGCUCUCCUGUAUCUUAGUGGCCAAUCUGCGGUUACUUUUCGCGCUGAUUUACGGGGGUCUUGCCACGGUUUCUGUUCUUUUGGAGUUGACCUCUCCCAAGGACUGGCCACCGCUAUUUGGUAGCAUGCGACAUUUACAAUUGUUCAGCAUCCGAAUUUUCUGGGCGUAA